AUAAUAAUAAUAAUCAUCUUCAUCCUUGCAAGUAUAUAUGAAGCCCUUUUCUUAUUUAAACUCACUCCCACCAUUAUUCCCUCCCCAUGCACACAAAUAACCGACCAUGAAUAACAAUAACAGCUACAACAAGCUCCACACCUCCCACUCCGCCAACACCACUCCGGCAGCUUCCUUCCGCCUCUCCGGCAAUGAUCCCCCUCCACCCUCCUCCUCCCUCCGUCGUCGCUCUCGUAUCCUAAUCAUCUCUUUCAUGUCCGUUCUCCUUAUUGCUGCUUCAGUCGUUUCCGCGGCUAUCCUUGUUCGAUCACAUAUGACAUCUAGCCAACCCCAUUUCCCUCACAACAAGCCUUCCCAAGCCAUCUCCCGCGCGUGUAGCCACACGCUCUACCCAUCUCUUUGCCUCUCCUCUCUUCUAUCCUUCCCCGGCGCACAAUCGGCCGACGUUCAUGAUCUUGUUCAUAUCUCUCUCAACUUAACUCUUCAGCAUCUCACCAAAGCUCUUUACUCCACAUCUCAAAUCCCUGUCUUACAAAUCUCUAAGGACCCUUUGGCUCAUUCCGCUUAUGAAGAUUGUAUGGAGCUUUUAAACGACGCCAUUGAUGCCUUUUCUCUCUCUCUUUUCUCUAAGGAUGCUUCCAAUCAUGAUAUCAUGACGUGGCUUAGUGCUGCAUUGACUUACCACGACACGUGUACGGCUGGAUUUCAAGAUGUGGCUGACUUGGGUGUUAAGGAUGAGGUGGAGGCCAAGUUGAGUGAUUUGUCGGAGAUGAUUAGUAAUUCUUUGGCCAUAUUUUCUGGGUUUGGUGGUGGGGAUUUGCCAGUGGAGAAUAGAAAGCGGCGGCGGUUGAUGGAGAGUAGUACGACGUCGUGGGCGGCGGAGAAUGGUGGUGAUCAUGAGGGGUUUCCUGCGUGGUUGAGUGGGAAGGAUCGGCGGCUUUUGGCUGCUCCCCUAUCGACGAUUCAAGCGGAUAUUGUGGUUGCUAAGGAUGGUUCUGGCAAAUUCAAGACGGUGGCUGAGGCCAUUGAGGCCGCUCCGUCGUCGAGUGGCCGCCGGAUCAUCAUCUACAUUAAGGCUGGAAAGUACGAAGAGGAGAAUUUGAAGGUGGGAAGGAAGAAAACAAACUUGAUGUUCGUGGGAGAUGGGAAGGGCAUAACUGUCAUUUCAGGUGGCAAAAGUGUUUAUGACAAAGUUACCACUUUUCGCACCGCCACCUUUGCGGGUUCAGGAACAAACAUAAUUCUACGAGACAUGACGUUUGAGAAUACGGCAGGACCAAGUAAGCACCAAGCAGUGGCAUUACGGUUGAGUGCAGACCACGCGGUGGUAUACCAUUGCAACAUCAUUGGAUAUCAAGACACUCUCUACGUGCACUCUAACCGUCAAUUCUUCCGGGAGUGCGACAUCUACGGAACAAUAGACUUCAUCUUCGGCAACGCUGUAGUGGUUUUCCAAAGUUGCAACAUCUACGCUCGAAAGCCAAUGGCAGGACAAAAAAACACGAUAACAGCACAAGACCGAAAGGACCCGAACCAAAACACAGGAAUCUCAAUCCACGCUUGCAAGAUCGUAGCCACCGGCGACCUUGAAGCGUCCAAGGGUUCUUUCCCCACAUUUCUAGGUCGACCUUGGAAACUAUACUCUCGAGUGGUGUACAUGGUGUCUUCCAUGGGAGACCAUAUCCAUCCACGUGGGUGGCUUGAGUGGCAAGGCUCUUUUGCUCUUGACACUCUUUAUUACGGUGAGUAUAUGAAUUCCGGGCCGGGGGCCGCCGUGGGGCAGCGGGUCAAGUGGCCGGGUUACCGAGUCAUUACUUCCACGGUGGAAGCCUCCAAGUUUACCGUCGGCCAAUUUAUUUACGGUUCUUCUUGGUUGCCUUCUACCGGAGUCUCCUUUUCUGCUGGAUUAUCUACUAACUAAAAAUGCAUAUAUAUAUAUAUAUAUAUAUAUAUAUAUAUAUAUAUAUAUAUGUAGUAUAUUAUAUGAUAUGAUAUCAUAUGUAUUUAAAUAAUUUCUUUAAAAAUUUGUUUUUGUUUUUUUGGAGGUUAUUGUUAUUUUGUUUUUAGGAUAUGGUUUAUGGUGACAGUGUAUAGUCUCAUUCCUUUGAUUAUGCUCUUCCAAAAUAAUAUGGGCCAUAUACAUCAAACCUAUGACAAAUAUUUGGAUAGGAUAUGGUCAUUUAUAUAUAUAUAUAUAUAUUAUAUACACAUACACAUAUAUAUGGUUAUAAUUUUGAUUGUA